AAAUUUUCCGAGAAAGUUUUUGAUUGUAAUUUUACUACUGAAUAUGUUCUUUCAACAACGCUAAAGGGUAAAAGCAAUUACAACUAGACCUGCCCAAAGGGCGGGUCCAAACUGGUCUAGAAUUGAAACCAGUGGUUUAGGUUUUAGAUUAUUGAAACCGAAUCCCAAGAUUUCUCAGUUCUCAUUUCAAUUUUAACCAAAUUUGGUAAAAAAUUCGUUAUCAGUUUUGAUCUAAACUAAUUGAUUUCAAUUCAAUUUAAUUUGAGUGAUUUUAGGUUUGAAUUAAAUAAAUCCAAUUUCAAAUCGAUCACACUCAAAAACCACUUUGGGCAUGAGCAGCUAGCUACUGAAGAAAACAAAAAAUACGGUUGGGCGGUUACAGAAGUAUGUGUCUUUGUACUAAAAAAGGAAGAAAGAAUUUCCGAAAGAUUCAUGUAAUGUGAUAUUAUUAGACAAAUAAACAAAUUUAAGAAUAGUUUGAAGAAAGAUGGCAGUUAUGAGUUUUGUUUGUUUUACUGAUAAUAAUGUUAAAUACAUACACAUAUUUAGAAAACAUGAUUAAUUAAAACCACCUCAACAUAGAUGUUAUAAUAUUAGCUGACGACCCUCCAAAAUAAUCCUGAAAAUAAAAGAUCAAAAUUUGUUCAGAUUAACGUUUAGAAACAGAGCCCUCCGAUCCUAAAACUUUAUGACACUAAUGGGCAAAAUAGCAGAAACCAACUAUUACAGUUACUGGUAAUAAAAGGACAAGCUAUUUUCAUUCGUCUCUUUGGCUUUCUCUUUGUCAGAGAAGUUCCAGAAACGACGAACCUUUUUCCCUUACGAAUGAAAAAUUGCUUGGGACGUUUAUGGUUUCUUGUGCAUACCCUCUUCGAUUUUUGAACGAUUCUUUUGUUUUCCAGCCAAAGAAAGAGAAAAACAUCAGAUAGAUAAUUCUUAUAAAAUAUAUUUAUAUUUAACAGAAUAAAAUAUUCUCUGUCGUUCAUCUCCACCCUUAUUAUUUCUUCUCCAUGUCUUUAUAUGACUUCUAGUUCCACGUUACAAAACUAUGACAACUGGGGGUUUAUGUGGUUUGAAGCCAUUGCUGCUCGGUUGCAGGCCUUCAAGAAUCGAGCAUCUAUUGAGAAUUGGUCAUCUACCCAAGCACCACAAAAAGGAUGCCAAAGGACCGAAGAUGGAACGGGCACGGCGAUUUACAGGCAAUUUCAUCUUGAUGAUGAAGCUUAGAAAGAAGAUUUUGACCUUCAGGGACGCCAUUGACCUACCACCUUGUGAUGGCACAGAAAGCAUUACUGAAUUAGUUUCAAGAACAUUGAAAGAUCUGCAUGAGUUUCACCCUGAUGUCAUAUCCAGAAGCCAGUUGUCAGAAAUUAAGGGAGCAUCUAUUGAUAAGGUUCUGGUUUACUAUUGUGAGGCCCUGAAAGCUUUUGGAGAUUCAUGGACGAAGAAUCAAGAAUGGAUGGACAAAUUGACAUCUGAUAAGUUUAGCAAUAUUGAAAAAUUCAAUACAGAAAAACUUCUUCAAAUGGCACUGGCAAUGCUCAAUUGUGUGAUUAAAAUAACAAAAGAAAAGUCGGAUAUAAGUGAUGAAGAUGAGCAGAAUAAAGAUAGUCUACCAGAUGAGCAGAUUAAAGAUAGUCUACCUGCAAGUUUAUUUAGAAAAAUUUUGAUGGAGUCCUCAGAGAGCAGCACCUCCUGUUGUGCUUCUCCAGUCACUCCAACAUCUGUUCUGCCAACACAGUUUAUGACUUCUCCCAAUUCGGAUGUUUUUGCAAACAUUUCGUGCUCAUCACCUGUUCUCAGGUCUUUGAGAGUUCAGGCUGUGGGGAAACUGAACCCAAUUCAUAUAAAACGCCUCUCAUUCCAGAUUCCUCCAAGUGAGGGAGCUCAAGGCUACGGCUCUUGGAACCUAAAGAAUAAUGAGAAUGACGAAGUGAUGGAAGAGGUAGAAGCAGAGAGUAAAUGCUUGAACCCAAAAAGCAAUGCGGAUGAAGAGAUGAUGUUUGAAAUGGAAGCGAGCAGCAAUUCUGAAGUAACAGAGGUCGCAAAAGAAGAUGAUGCUAGAGAUUGCUGUGCAGAAAAUGGAUCACCAGAGAUUGAAAUGCUUGAGACAACCGAGACCUCUGAAGUCACAGAGUUAAUAACACCAACUUCACCACCUACUCCCCUGCUGAUCCCAACCAUGACGCAGGCUCCUCCAGCACCUACUCCCCUGCUAAUACCAUCCAUGUCGCAGGUCAAUGUAGGAGAAACACUGCCACCUCCUGUGUUGCAAUCAAAUGUAGUAGCCCCAUCUCUUCUCUCUCCUCCACCACCACCUUUCGUGCUGCAACCUAAUUUGAAAGCUCAACAACCACCAUCCACACAACCGCUUCCUCCACCUGUGUUGCAGCCUAAUAAACCGACAGCAGAAGUUCUAUUGCCACCCCCAACCCCUGAGUCACAGCCUAACGUAGCAGCAGCAGGUGCUCCAAAGGUCCUGCCACCACCACCCCCACCUAUGACAUCAGGAACAGUAAACGCUGCACUGCCAGGAAGUGCAACAGCAGCACCAGCUCCACCGCCGCCAAACAUGACUUCUUCAAAAGGAUCAAUGCCAUCGCCGCCGCCAACACCAUCCAUUGCACAAGGAGAUGCUCCCCCUCCACCACAACCCAAGGCACAAGGAGAUGCUGCCCCUCCACCACCACCCACGGCACAAGGAGGUGCUCCCCCACCACUAUCACCCACGGCACAAGGAGGUGCUCCCCCACCACCAUCAGCCACGGCACAAGGAGGUGCUCCCCCACCACUAUCACCCACGGCACAAGGAGGUGCUCCCCCACCACUAUCACCCACGGCACAAGGAGGUGCUCCCCCACCACCACCAGCCCAGGCACAAGGAGAUGCUGCCCCUCCACCACCACCCACGGCACAAGGAGGUGCUCCCCCACCACUAUCACCCACGGCACAAGGAGGUGCUCCCCCACCACUAUCACCCACGGCACAAGGAGGUGCUCCCCCACCACCAGCCAUGGCACAAGAAAACAGAGGUGCUUCCCCACCACCUCCCCCUGGUGCUGGAAGAUCCUUACGCCCCAAGAAGGCACAGACCAAAUUGAGGAGAUCAAGCCAAAUGGGUAAUUUGUAUCGGGUUCUCAAGGGGAAGGUGGAAGGAGGAAAUCCAAACGUUAAACAAGCUAGCGGAAGAAAAGGUUCGGCUCCAGCCAACAGUGGUGGAAAGCAAGGAAUGGCUGAUGCACUAGCAGAGAUAACAAAGAAAUCAGCAUACUUUCAACAAAUUGAAGAAGACGUUCAAAAAUAUUCAAACUCAAUCACAGCGCUGAAGUCUUCCAUUAGUACUUUCAAAAACAAGGACAUGAAUGAGCUGAUAACUUACCACAAAUACGUUGAAUCCAUCCUUGAGAAUUUAGCCGAUGAAACACAGGUUCUUGCCAGGUUUGAAGGUUUCCCUCAAAAAAAGUUGGAAGCAAUAAGGACUGCAGCUGCACUCUACGCAAAGUUGAAUGGAAUAGUAACUGAACUUCAAAAUUGGAAGAUCGUUACUCCCUUGGGGCAACUCCUUGACAGGACCGAACGUUACUUGAAUAAGAUCAAAGGAGAAUUGGACGCCUUGGAGAGAACAAAAGAUGAGGAAUCCAAGAGGUUUCAAAGUCAGAAUAUCAACUUUGACUUCCAAAUACUUGUGCAGAUCAAGGAAGCAAUAGUUGAUGUUUCCUCCAAUUGCAUGGAACUGGCACUCAAGGAGAGGAAAAGUGGAAAAACAACAGACUCUAAAAUUCUUUGGGGGACUUUUCAAUUUGCAUUCAAAGUUUAUUCCUUUGCUGGAGGACAAGAUGAUCGUGCUGAUGCAUUGACAAGGGAAUUGGCUCAAGAAAUAGAGGCAGAUUCACCCCAACAGUACCACUAAUUACUUGAAAAGCUGCAUAUCAAACUCUUCAAAAAAUAUAUAUAUAUAUAUAUUAUAUGUAAAAAAAAAAAGAAAAAGGACCCCGUUAUGGUGUGGUGUGUUGUAUAUAUAUGCUACAUAGUGUUUCUUUUGAUUUUGAGGAAGUAGGACUUAGCACUGCCUUUCGAGUUUCUGUGUGAAGAGAUUCUCUGAAGAUAACAUUGAAUUAAAAU